AUGAAGUUUCGUAAGCAUAAAGGUUCAUUAGAUGAAGAAAAAUUGUUUGAGAAUAUAUCAAAAGAUGAUUGUGGAAUGAUAAAAAAAUUUACUUUGGGAGUAUGUGCUAUGGAAAGCAAAGUGGAAAGUGCACCAAUGGAAUGUAUACUAAAAAGAUUGGCAAAGAGUGGAGACUUUAAUAUAAUAAAAUUUAAAGAAGAUAUGAUAUUAAAUCAAGAUAUUGACUCUUGGCCAAUAGUUGAUUGUUUAAUAGCAUUUUAUUCUACUGGAUUUCCUUUAAAAAAAGCAAUUGAAUACGUAAAAAAAUACAAACCAAUAACAUUGAAUAAUUUAGAGAAACAAUUAAUAUUACGUUCAAGAUUACAAAUAUAUGAACAACUAAAGAAAUGGAGAGUCCCUCAUGCUAAUUAUGUGGUAGUAGACCAUGACACAGUAAAAAAAGGAGAACAUGUAUUUGAAGAAUAUUAUGAUUAUAUAGUUUAUGAUAAUAUACGCUUAAAUAAACCAUUUAUAGAAAAGCCAAUAAAUGCAGAUAAUCACAAUAAUUGGAUAUAUUAUCCAAAAAAUACAGGAGGUGGUUGUAAGAAAUUGUUUCGAAAAAUAAAAGAUAGAAGCAGCGAAUAUUGCCCAGAUAUACAUAAAGUAAGAAAUAAUGGUACAUACAUAUACGAAGAAUUUAUGUCUACAUUUGGUACAGAUAUAAAAGUAUAUACUGUUGGUCAAAUGUUUGCUCAUGCUGAAGCAAGAAAGGCUCCAUCAUUAGAUGGAAAGGUGUGUAGAACGUCUGAUGGUAAGGAAGUUCGAUAUGCUGUUAUUUUAUCAGAAGCUGAAAAAAUCAUUGCAUAUAGAAUAGUUGAAGCUUUCCAACAAACCGUUUGUGGAUUUGAUAUAUUAAGAACAACUAUGGGGCCAUUUGUUUGUGAUGUAAAUGGAUGGUCAUUUGUUAAAGGCAAUGUGAAAUAUUAUAAUGAUUGUGCUCAUAUAUUAAGAGCUAUGUUUUUGGCAAAAUUAGAAGAAAAAUAUAAUAUUAUUCCGAGAGAUCUUGCUGAUAAUUGGUAUAAUAUUGAAAAUGAAGAAGAAGUAUUAAGAAAAACCUUUAGACAACCAGAUGAUUUGCAUUGUUCUCAUCAUGAAGAAUUAUGCUCAGUUAUUAUUGUUAUGCGACAUGGAGAUAGAAAACCAAAACAAAAAAUGAAAUUCAUCACAGAUAAACCUUUACUAUUGGACUAUUUUAACUGUGAAGAAAAUUUAUAUAAUGUUAUUGAAAACAGAUCUUCCAUCGAUGAUAAUAUAAAAAUAAAUCAUGAAUUAGAUAGUAAUAUUGUAUCAGUAAAUAACAUUAAGUACAAUAAAAUGGAUUCUUCUUUAUUCACAAAUGAUACUUUAACUAAGAUAAACUCAAAACAAAAUAAGAAUACUUCUAAUUCUCAAAAAAAUGUACCCAAUAAUAAUGAUAUGACAAAAAUGAAUGAAAUUAAUAAUGAUAAAAUAACUCAAGAAGACAAAAGUAGUAAUGAUUGUGAAAAUGAAAAAAAAAAUAAUAAUGAUAAUAAUAUAAGUGAAAAAAAUAACUCUAAAAUAGAAACUUCUAAUGAAAAUGAUACUAAAAAAUUGAAUAAUAAAGAUUCCCCACACAAUAAGGCAUUGAAGGAUAAUACUACUACCCAAUCAGAAGAAAUAAAAAAAAAUAACUUAUAUAAAGCAUAUAUGAAAAAAGAAAUAAAGUUUAAGUCUCCAGAAGAAUUACAAGAUUUGUUUUUAAUAAACAAUAUUAUAUUAAAUGAUAUUGAAAAAGAAUACAAAGCUAUAAAAGAAAAAAUUUUUAAAAUUCAAGAAAAAGAAAUGGAAGAAAAAACAAAAAAAGAAAAGAGAAAAGAAAAUGAUGAUGUAUGUGAAAUGAUUACUUUAAAAGAAGAAAACAUAAAUGAUAAAGAAUUAGCAGAUCGUUCUAAUAUAGGUACUAUGACGAAAGAAGAGUUAGAAACAAAAAGAAAUGAAUAUGAAAUAAUGAUUGAAAAUCAUAAAACUUUACAAAAAAUUCUUGAAAGGGGUGACGGAUUUACUGGUAUAAAUAGGAAAAUUCAAUUAAAACCACUUGAUUUAGUUAUUGUAAAUGAUAAAGUUAUUGUUACUAAAAUUCUUGUUGUAGCUAAAUGGGGAGGAGAACUAACAAGAAUGGGUAGAAGACAAUCAGAAAAUUUAGGAAAAAGGUUUAGAGCCACAUUAUAUCCUGGUGACUCAGAUGGACUAUUAAGAUUACACUCAACUUUCAGACAUGAUUUUAAAAUAUUUACUUCUGAUGAAGGAAGAUGCCAAAUAACUUCUGCUGCAUUUACAAAAGGAUUUUUAGAUUUGGACGGAGAAUUAACUCCUAUUUUAGUUGCUAUGGUCAUUAGAAAUUCUAAAGCUCAUAGUCUGUUAGAUGAUAAUAGACCAAAUUUCGAAAGAAUACAAUGUAAAGAAUUUAUUGAUAAUGUAUUAAAUGAAAAUAAAGAUAUUGAUGAUGAUUUACUAAAAAAAUUAGCAUCAGGAAAACAUUCAAGAGGAUUUCGAGAAUCUUUAAAGAAAAUUUCUAAUUUUUACGAAUUAAUGGAAAAAAUACGAAAUACUAUUUAUGAAUUUUUAAAAAGUUUGAAUCAAGAAGUACAAAAAUGGUUAAAUUUAUUUCCUUAUGAUGAGUAUGCCUUAUAUGUAAUUGACAUCUUACAUGAAAUUCAAGUCAGAUGGAAAUCUUUAACAAAAAUGUGGUUCAAAAAAAAUAAAAAUAAAUAUGAUACCUCAAAAAUUCCUGACAUUGUUGAUAAUGUAAGAUUUGAUUUAAUUCAUCAUCAUUCUUAUUUAGGUAGUGGUUUAGAUAAAGCUUUUGAAAUUUAUAAUCUAAUUGAACCGUUAGCAAAUUACAUUUCACAGGCUGAAUAUGGAAUAACUUCAGAAGAAAAGGUGAAAAUAGGCGUUAAUAUUGUCGGCAAAUUAUUAAGAAAAUUAAUACAUGAUGUCACUUUUUACAGAGAUGAAGAAGAAAGAAAUAAAAAAAAUAAUAAAGGUAAUAAUGUUUUUAAAAAUGCUUUCCAUAUUUCUUAUAUGAACCCUUUUAAUUUUUCAAAAAAUGAUGAACUAAAAAAAGAAAAAAAUGAAGAGGAAAAAGACUCAUUUAAAAACUUUAAUAUGUGUAAAUAUGACUCUAAAAGAAAAUUUUUAGAUAAUUUUUUAUUCAAAAAAGAAAACAAUAAAAUAGAAAAAGAAAACUAUGAAAAUGAAAAUAAAAAUACAAGGAAGCUUAAUUCAGAAAAAAGUGUUUCUAAUAGCACAAAUAAUGAUACAGCAAGUAAUUUAAAUAAUAAUAAAACUGAGAUCAAUUCUUUAAAUAAUAUGAGUAAUGGUAAUAAUAAUCCGAAUGAUCAAAAUGUUUUGAAAAAUGUUGAUUCAGAUAUAAAUGAAUCUAAGGAAAAAAUAAUUAAUAAUUUACAUUCUGAAAAAAGACACUAUAUUGAAAAUAGUUGUUAUAAAAAUACAGUUAAAAUACAGAGUGAUAAAAUUAAUAUAGAUAAAGAAAUUUCAGAAGAAACAAAUAUUUCAUCGGGAAUGAAGGAUAUAAAUUCAUCGAUUUCAGAAGAGAAAAAAAAAGAAAGAACAGAAAAAAGUUGUUUGUUAGAAGAAAAACAAGAAUUAGAAGCAAAAAUAAUGAAAAAUACAGAAGAAUACAUCUCCAAAAAUAAUACAGAUGAAAUAGAAAAAAACAUAUUCGAUUGUGAUUUAGUAAAUGCCAAAUGCUUAGAAAAAAGAAAUGAAACAAAUUCUGAACAAAGUUAUACAAAAAGUAUAGCAAAUAAAACAAAUAACAUGAACAAUAAUAAUAAUAAUAAUAAUAAUAAUAAUAGUACCCCUCUAAAUCUUUUAGACGCAAAUUUAAAUGAAAAUACAAAUGAUUUAAAUAAUUAUAAAAGUAGUGUAACAUAUAAUACAAAUGUAAAAGAUUUAUACACACCAAAGUUAAUUAACAAAAAAGAAGCUCUUGUUAUUAAUUCUUCCGAUUUAUGGGCACAUCAAAAUAAGUAUAGAAAAGAAAAUAAUGAAAAACAGAAAAUGAAGAAAAUGAAAAGUACUAAAGAAAAUGAAUUUAAUGAAAAAAAAGAGGGAAACAAUGAGAAUAAUGCAGAACAAAAAUUCUCAGAGAAGACAACGAAGCAGGAUGAUGACAUUAUAAAGGAAAUAAAAGAAAAAAAAAAAACAGAUAAAGAUAUAGAAGAAGAAAGAGAGAAAGGAAAUGAAAAUGAAAAUGAUAAUGAAAAUGAGGAUGGAAAUGAAAAUGAAAAUGAAAAUGAACAAGAAAAAGAAGAAGAAGAUGAAGGUGAAGAAGAACAAGAGCAUGAUGAUGAUGAAGAUAUAAUAAGAUUAAAAGAAACAGAUGCUCGCAGAUUAGGUAUAAGAUCUCCAUGGAGAAUGGUAAGAUCACGAUAUUACGUUACAUCUGCUUCUCACAUGAUUUCAUUGUUAAAUAUCCUAAUCCAUGCAAAGAAUACAGAUAAUUCAAUUAAUCAAAAUAUUAUUGAUAAUGAUUCAAUUAAAAGUAUGGGAGAUGUUACAGAUUUACACUAUUUAUCUCAUCUAGUUUUUAGAGUAUGGGAGAGAAAACAAUUAAAAAGAAAUGAUAAUAACCGAUUCCGUAUUGAAAUUUUAUUUAGUUCAGGUGCAAAAGAUGGAUUUGGUCAAAAUUAUGAACUUUUAGAAAAAGAUGCAAAAGCUCAGCAGCAAAAAUAUGAGAGGCAUUUUAAUAAAUAUUUCGAUGAUAAUAAAAAAGUGACUGGAGCAAAAAAUGAUACUCCAGAAAAUGAAAAUAAAAUAAAUGUUAAAUCACAUACUACAAAUUCGCAAAAUGAACUAAAUAAAAAAAGUGAAUUAGAAGAACAAAAAAAUGUAAAGAAUGAUACAAUUUAUGAAAGUAAUAUAAAUAAUGAGGAUAAUUUAAAAAUAGAAAAUAAAAUUGGAUACGAAUCAAACAUCAAUAAUGAAAACAAAAAUUUAAAUAAAUAUAUGUAUAAAGAUAUUAAUUUUAAUGCAAAAAAUAAUCAAUUAAAAGAAACAGAAAUGAAAAAUGAAGAUGCACAACACUUAAAAAAUUUCAAUAAAAUAGACAACAGUUAUAAAAACUCCAUUGAUAUUUUAAAUGAAAAUAGUUCAAGUAGUUCUUUUUUAAAUUCAUCAAUAAAUGCCAAGGAACAUACGUUAAAAAAUAAUAUAAGUAGCUUUAAGUAUUCAAAUAGUAUCGACGAGAUUAUUCUUAACUCCAAUAAAAAAAAAAAUAAUUUAAAUUAUGAAAAACUAGAUAUAGAAAAAAAAAAAGGUAUUUUACAUAUGUCGUCAAACAGUUCUUUAAACAGCAAAACUUUUAAUUCUUGCAACGAUUUUAAAAGGGAAAAAGAAGAAAAAAAAAUUAAUUUAAUUAAUAAAAGAGAAAUGUCAAUAGACAUUGGAAGCAUAAAUGAAAAAAAAAGUACGGAUAAUAACAAUUUAAACAUCUCAGGAGGUUACAUGGUUAGAUCUAUUAGUUCUAAUUUAAGAAAAAAAAACAAACAGAAAGAUAAUUUAAAAUUAGAUUAUGAAAAGAAAGAAAAAGAAGAUAUUACUAAGGAAAAUUUAUUAACUUAUGAAAAUGACUGCAUUAAUUUGGGUUCAGAAGAAAUAUCUCGUAAAUCAUGUAGAAGAAGUUUUUCUUGCUUAAGUGAUAGGUCUUUUUAUAAAACUAAAAAAGAAGAUGAAUUAAAUGAUGAUCAAAAAAGAAAAAAUAAUAUGGAAAAUAGAGUUAAUUUAUUAGAAAACGAAAAAAUGAAAAAUAAAUUCGAAAAUAAUAUGGUGCAUAACAAUAGUGGAAAUAAGAAAGCUAAUGUAUUUUCUCAUGUAUUCCAGCAUUUUAAUGAAAAUAAAAAAAAUUCUACAUCUAAUUUAAAUUUUUUUUAUAAAACAUACAUGCCCGAUUACGAAAAAAUUAUUGAAAAUGAUAAAAAAGUAGAAACAUUUGAUGUUCCUCCAUAUUGUGAAUUAGCACCAUUAAUCGUUUUAACAAAAAAUUGCCAAUUAUCCACUUUUGAAAAUAUACUAACUCAGGUUUUAAAUAAAUAUUCGAAGAGUACAAAAAAUAAAGAGAAAAGCAAAACUGAAAAAAAAGUAAUUUAA